AAUGUGAUCACAGUCACCAGAUCCCAGUCAAAUAGAGGACCUUUGGGAUGUGGUUAAAUGAGAGAUCCACAUCAUGGAUGUGCAGUCAACAAAUCUGCAGGAACUGAAUGAUGCUAUCGUGUCAACAUAGAUCAAAAUCUCAGGAAUGUUUCCAGCACCUUGUUGAAUCUGUGCCUAAAGGCAAAAACGGGUCCAACCUGGUAUUAGCAAGGUGUGCCUAACAAUGUGGCUAGUGAGUGUAUUUCUUAGGGUAUUCAUUUAUACAUUUAGUUUCCAUCCUUAAUCUGGCUACUGAUGAAAAAAAAAAAGUCUCAUUAAAUAACCUUUUCAUUAUUGUCUUGACUUCUUGCACAUGUUUCUGAUUGGAUCAAAAUAAAAGGGUCCCAGAGGCUCAGAUCUCAUCAGUCCUAAAGAAGGCCUCACUGAUAGUUGUGGCUUUCAAAUAGAGCGUACAAGUGACCUUGUGUUUAAUCAGCACUAAAAGUUUUGGUAUCACUGAGUGUAAUGCAGUCUCUGCCAAAAAAAAAAAAAAAGAAAGAAAAAGUACAAAUUAAAAGACUAAUGCGCAGCUGCAUUGUCAGCACUUCCAUGUGGCCUGUGAUCCUCUGAAGUCAAUCAUUACACACAAAGUACACAACUCCAGUCAAUCUCUGGCCAAAUGUUUUGCGACACUGCCUCACUGCUGAGCUAGAGUCCACAUACAACAGGCUUCCACAGGAAUAUACCAGCUUUAUAUCCCAUUUUCAGCCUUCACAGGACAUUUCUGCUCAGACCCACUGAGCUAUCCAUGGCCCGUGUCCUUUCCUUGUUCCGGCCUCAUCCUUUUCUGGGUCUCGUGGCUGGGCGAAAACCCGCAUUCUGCAAAAUGUCAAUGGACACGCGGGCACGUGAAGUGUUUGCAGCUGCAGUGGAAGCUGUGCAGCCAGAUACUGUGGUCCGGCAGAGUAUAGAGCGCAAGGAGGACUCUGUGAUUAUUAAUGGUCACAAAUUCACACUCAAUCACAACCUGCACUUGGUGGGCUUUGGGAAAGCUGUCCUGGGAAUGGCUGCUGAGGCAGAGAGGAUUAUGGGCGAUCAUUUGGUGAAAGGAGUCAUAAGUGUGCCACAUGGGAUUCAGCAAACAUUACAGCAGCAUGGGAAAGGCCAUCUGCUGCUAAAAGAAAACAGUCGCAUCAAAGUAAUCGAAGGAGCUAGACACAACUUGCCUGAUGCUGAUGCCCAGAAGGCAGCUGAGGAGAUCAAGCAUUUAGCCAGUGAACUGACAGAGAAAGACUUGCUCCUUGUACUGAUUUCAGGUGGGGGUUCUGCAUUGCUACCUGCACCCACCCCGCCAAUCACCUUGCAGGAGAAGCUAGAUGUUACCCGCAGCCUUGCAGGUGCUGGUGCCACUAUUCAGGAGCUGAACACCAUACGUCGCGCCCUUUCUUUGUUAAAGGGUGGAGGGCUUGCAUAUUAUGCUCAGCCUGCACAGGUUGUUGCACUGAUACUAUCUGAUGUGAUUGGGGACCCUCUUGACUUGAUAGCUAGCGGCCCCACAGUGAGGAGUCAUGUGUGGCCUGAGGAAAUUUUGUUAAUCCUUGAACAUUACAAACUGUUAAACUCUCUGCCGACAUCAGUAAGGGAAGUCCUUGGCAGUCCAAAUCCCCGGUGGAAAGAGAAUAAGGACGAAUCCGAUACAUCAGGACAUGUUCUCAACGUUGUGAUUGGCUCUAACAGUGUUGCCCUUAAAUGUGCUGCUCUCCGUGCUCGAGAGCUAGGCUUCCGCCCUGUUGUUCUUUCCCCAGGCGUGUGUGGUAAUGUGAGGUAUGUGUCUAGACUUUACGGCCUGCUGGCCCGCUUUGCCUGUUCUCGAAAGGAGCCUCCUCCCGAGAUUGCCACUGAGGUGCUGAAGCUGGGCCCUGAAGUAGGUGUUGAGAGUUGGGACCUCUGCCGUACCAUGCAGGUUUUGGAUGAAGGGCGUACGGAGGGAUGGGGUGCCACAUGUCUGUUAGCUGGAGGCGAACCCAUUGUGGAGCUAACAGGCAAAGGUCGAGGUGGUCGAAACCAGGAGCUGGCUAUGCGAGUGGGACUGGAGCUGAGAGACCUGGAGCUUCCACCUAAUGGGCCAGUAUUUCUGAGUGGGGGCACUGAUGGUCAGGAUGGACCCACUGAGGCAGCAGGGGCGAUAACUGAUGGAGGGUUGCAUGAUGAAGCGCAAGCACAGGGGCUGGACAUCAACAACUUUCUCGUCAACAAUGAUUCUUACACGUUUUUUUCUCGUCUUUCUGCUGGGCAGCGUUUGCUUGUACCUGGCCUAACCUGCACGAAUGUCAUGGAUGUGCACAUGCUACUAAUUCCACCUAUACCUAUAAACAUCAGAUAAUCCCUAAGCACAAAAAAAUCAAAUAACCUGAACUUGUUUUUAAACCCUACGCAGAUAUUUUUGUUCCAUAUAUAUAUAUAUAUAUAACAGUAUUGUUGUUUUAUAUUACCAAUCAUACAGUAUGCAGCAAAAAUUUCCUGGGUUCUAAUCCAGCCUGGGGCCUUUCUUUGUGGAGUUUGCAUGUUCUCCUUGUGUCGCUCCAGGUACACCAGCUUCCCUCCACGAGUUUAUGUUAAGUGAUGAUUCUAAAUUGACCAUAGGUGUGAAAGUGAGCAUGAAUGGUUGUCUCUGUGUGUUUACCCUGCAACAAUCUGGUAACCUGUCCAAGGUGUACCCUACCCCUUACCCUGUAACAGCUGGGAUUGGCUCCAGCCUCCCCCACUUGACCCUGAAUUGGAUAAGUAGAAGAAGAUGGAUGGAGAACAUGACUUGGUAUUAAUAUAUUUCUAUUCCCUACUUAAUCUUUUUUAGCCAACACAGCUCUUGCACUGAAAAACAUUUACAACAUCAGUAUGUUCAAUUAUGUAUUUAUAUAUAGAUUAAGUGUAUACAUUUAAUGUAAAAAAAAAAAAAAGUCAUUUGCACAGCUUUGGUGUUGGUUUCUUUGGCUACUUAAAAGCAUCUGAAAUACAAUAUUACUCUAUCAGUUCAUCUUACAGGGACUAUGUACAUUAUUUUAAAAUUGUGAAAAUCCACAUUAGGCUUCUUGGUAGGACUAGUGGGAUCCUGUUGAAAUGUGGUGUAGCUCAGAUAUGGUGUUUUUCCCCCUUUGUAGCCAUAAAACUACUGAACACAUAGCAGUUAUGUGCACUUUGUCUUAUGAUCAACGACCAGUGUGACAGCAAAAGUCCUUUAUGUAUUCUUUAAUACAUACACUAAUUCUUCCAGAGGUGAUCAUUACUUUUGUUUACUUGUCACCAAACAAUUCAUAUUGGUACAGAACUGGAUAACUUUGGCUUUCAUGAAGAAUGUAUUCCUCCACUGCCCUUAAGUUUUGAGCUUAAUUACAAAUUCCUUAUAAAUGUGAUCUUUUGCCAAGAUAAGAUUUAAACUCCUUUUGACCAUUUAGCAUAGACUUUAAAUAAUGUAAAUGUAUUUGUGAAAUCGUUUAAGUUGUGCUGUAAUUUGCUCUCUGUUUGGAUGGUUUUCAAUGAUUAUUUUACAUUGAGGCAAUGUUAAUAAGGUAAAAAGUCAAAAGGUGGUGGACACUUUCAUCAUGAGUGUGCAAUGCACCUUUUAAAUAUGAAACACAGUGGCUGUUAACAUUUUUAAAAAUGAAGCUAUAAAACAAGAACUGCUUUUACUGUGCCUGAUUUCAAAGUUACCAUAGAUGACCAUUUAUAAUACAGCAGAGAAAAAAAAAAAAAAAAAAAAUCACACUGUCCACA